GCAGGUUAUAUGGGUUACGGAUGGCUAUGAAGCGCUCCGUGAUUAGCCACGGCUGACGCUCGCAUCGGAGCUGAUAUUGCGUGCACUACCUGACUGACAUUCUUCGAGCGAAUGGGAACAUUCACUCGGGUUGCAGCUCCCUAUACACCACCUCAUCGCCAAGGACAAUCGAGUGCAUGGCUCGUACAGGCGUCAUGGAGUAUCGAAGAAAUCGAUCGCAUGUCCCCAACCGAAGCCAACUGCUGCUCCUCAUCGCCUUCAUCAUCCAAGGAUACGUAGCCUACCGUUAUGGAGUGCGCUCUGCGAAGAAUGAUAAUCACAAAAUCCUCCCACCCACACCCGUCCCUCAGAAGCCUCUGAGCAAUGCUGCUGCCCUUGCCGACACUCCAACAAUAUGGAGCCCUACGACCACCAUAUCAGCAGCCUCCUCCUCAUCAAAAUUCAUCCUCGGCUCCAUGAACGACAAACCAAACUCCUACGACCUCCUCGUCAUCUCCAACAAACUCCGCUACGCCGCCACACAUAAUUAUGACAUUGUCUGGGACUUUGACAAAAGUAGCAGCAGCAACAGCAACAGUGAACCCUCCUACAGCAAAGACUGGGACCGCCUCACCACCAUGGCCAAAAUCAUCCAAAACAAACUCGCCGGUCAGAAUUCUUACGAAUGGAUCUGGUGGACCGAUUAUGAUUUGAUCGUGACGAAUUUUUCUAUUACGUUGGAUAGUGUGGUGCGAGAAGCUUUGGAGCAGCAGCAGCACGUGGAUGAAGAUGUGACCAGAAGGGAGGAGAUUGAUCUGAUUAUGACGCCGGAUUGCUUUCCUGUGAAUAGUGGGAGCUUGUUGGUACGCACGAGCGCGUGGUCGUUGGAGUGGAUUGGGGAGAUGUGGAGGCAGAGGCUGGUGGCGAGUGAGGAGGAUGGGAGGUGGAGGAGUUUGCAGGAUUGUUUGGGGGACAUGUACAAAUCCAACACCCUCUCCCUCCAACACAAGAGCAUCUUCAUCCAACAGCACAAAAUGAAUGCAUUUCCCGAAGAAAUUCACUGUCAUCAAGAUGGCCGUGCGUGGCAAAAAGGUGAUUUUGCAAUCCACAUGGCUGGUGCGUGGGCACAUGUCAAAUGGGCUGAUGAUCCCACGGGCUGGUUGUUGAGAAAGUAU